AUGAAUCCUCAAACGGUGAACAGACCUACUUAUCAAAGGCCAUUUCCAGAAAAAAUCAUCAAUGAGCAUCCGCUCCCGAGGAAUUAUAGGCCACCUGAUUUCCACUCAUUUUCGGGAGAAGACGGAGCAUCGACCAUUGAGCAUGUGGGACGUUUCACGGCUCAACUAGGGGAAGUAGGCAACAAUCCAUUUCAUAAAUUGCAGCUGUUCAGGUUAUCUCUCACGAGAACAACCUUUUCCUGGUUUGCAAAUCUUCCGCUAGGGCAAUUGCAAACUUGGGAAGUCUCACUUACUGACCUUCUGGAGAUUAGGCAGAUGCCGGAAGAAACCACCUACCAGUUCAUAGAGCGGAUACGACUAAAGAAAGGGCGUUGCCCAACAGUCAUUAAGAAAAGCGAAAUGACCAAUUUGGCGGUCAGGAAUAUGCAUACGCAAUUGCUAGAGGCUUUGACAGCCCAUGAUGUUGGAGAUUUUGCCAGUUUAGCAUCUAAAGCAGGGAGACUAGAAUCCCUUUUUAAAGAGAAGGACCACAACUUCCGACAGAACAAGGUCCAGCAGAUGGCCAGUGUCGAUACAGAGAUGUAUGCACCAGAAGAUGAACAAGGGAAAGGUGCUAAAGAAAUGACGGCUGAAAUUGUAAAUGACAAGCCUUAUGUAUGUUCCAAACUGAAACACCUCCCAGGGGAAGAAGAGCAGGAGCAACCGACAUUUGACGCAUCCAAAGUAGAUGAGAUCUUCGAUAUUAUGCUAGAAGAUGGACAAAUUCGCAUCCCAAAGGGACAACGGUUGGUGACAAAUGAGGAAAUAAAUGGAAGGCCAUACUGCAAGUGGCAUAAUUCCUUUACGCAUCACACUGACCAGUGUACGCACUUCCGGAAGAAAAUUCAGAGAGCCAUAAAAGCUGGAUGGUUUAAAUACAAGACGAUAGGGGUAGAGCAGCAGCCCUUCCCGAAAGUAACUACUGCGGUAAUCUCUGUGUGUUCCUCACAUAACAUACAAAGGGACGAUGAAAGUGACACUAAACAGAUGGAGCGCAAGCCAAAAGAGCGAGAGCAUGAGCAAGAUGAUAAGUUCAAGACCUGUGAAAUCAGGGUGGCAGAGAAAUAG